UCUGGUCAUCGCAACAAACGCCAUUGUCCAAUCCGGGCGCUAUAAAUGUUCAAGGCAGGUUCAGUCGUGACUUCAUCUCACACAACCAUGAGGGUGACGGCAACACUGGCAGUCAUGUUGGGGCUUGUGUUAUGCAGCUGUAUGGUUCAAGGUCAAACUCGGCAACAGCGUCGCCGAGCAAAAGUUUUAAGAAGUAGAUGGUCACGUGACAUCGAUACAAACGUAACCGUAAAGGAAGCGGCAGCCAUUUUGAAGUCCAAAGAGAGAAUAUUUUUCCGAUCCUCUGACAGACGGCUGACAGCUUUGAACAUCACACGAUCCUACUCCUACAUCGACUACAGCAGCGACAUGGUGGUGACUAAAGCCUACGUGUCAGGGAGCCGGAAGUGCAUCGUCCUCCCAGGAAAUAUCACCGAGGACUUCAAUACCACCAUGACUGACAUACUGGCCAGGAAGAGGUUGAAUGAGACAGUUGAAAUUGGCCAGUUUGCGAUGACGUCAGACAUUGCCAUGACCCCUCCGGAGAGAGAAGCCUUUCAGACUGCCAGUCCUUAUCUUGCUAGGAAAUGUCGCAACAUGGAUAUCCUCAACGCAACAGCACCUGCGACGGAUAUGACAGACAUCCUGGAUAAAUUUCCAUUGACUUUACUAACUGUCGGAGGAAGCGUCACCAUCUACGUCAGUUCCACUUUACAUGCCUUGUCAUGAAGAUGACAGAGGGUCACAUUCACCUGUGAACUGUGUGUGUAUGAUAUGUGAUGCGUUGUGGUAAUACUGUUAAAACAGGCCUAGUUUUAGAAUUUGACCUCAUGGUCGAUGUUUCAGUUACAAAGGAUGAGCAGCGUAUAAAGAUUGUGUUCACGUUAUACCUGAAAUGAACGUGAAUAUAUUUGCAUAAAGCUUAUGAUCACGUUUGCGAUGUCGAUGAAUUUGGUGAUCUUUCGGUGGUAAUUUAUAUUCAUAUAAGCGGCCUUGAGAAGCAUUGAGACAAUCGAGGUUUCGAGACGUACAGAACAGAAAAGAUGUCAGAUCUACAUCUGUCUACGAGACACAAUGUCAGUGGCUAGUGGUGUUACUAGUACACAGGUUGUUUGAAACAGUUUGUACUUUGAAAUGUGAAGGGCACUGUAUAAAAAUCACACUGAAACUGUCCAAUUCUUAAGUAUAAAAGUAAUCGGACUGAAAACUGGUUGUUUUUUCCUUCAAUCGAGUGGAGUGUUUUAGGUCAUGACCAUCAGCAGAAGCCGAUUGUAACGCACUUUUAAGCUAAAACCAGCAAGUUUUUGAACCAAGGAGACAUACUCUCUUCAUGUCUAUACUGUCCUCUACUGACCAAAUCACCAUGGGU